AUGGCAGUCUUCUCGACGUGGAUAUUUCGUGACAAUAGUGAAUCGACUGACAUUCCAAUCGAACAAAUAACGAAAGCUAAUCAAUUGCCACAACAACAACACAAAUCCAUUAUAAUUGCCGGCUGUUUGAUUUUUCUUUCUCUUGGCAAAACUCACGUGGUUCGCUUAUUAUUCGAUUUCGAAAAAAAGUACGAUUUUACAUACGUGGAUGAAAUAUUCCGAUCAAAGUAUAAACAUCAACCUGCUUCUACAAUUGUACCGAACAAGUCAUGUUCCGACUUAUGUAUUCAGGCAGUUGUGUUAUACACAUUCAUCAGCAUCUAUUUAUUCAACGCUACAGAUAUCCGAGAAAGUGCUUUUCGAAACACCAAAGUUGGGCUACGUAUAUUGAUCGAAUACCUAGCAACUAUUCAAAAGACAUAUUUCAACGAUGAAUCCAUUGAAAACAAGCCGCCGAAAGAAGAAAUCCCAGCAGUGCCGGCGAAUAAGACCACACAUAGCAGUGAAUAUAAAUGUAGCGAUCAUCCAUAUACAAUCCGGAUCGUUCAUCGUACACCGUUGAUUGUCUAUAUUGAAAAAUUUCUCAUUCCGUAUGAGAUUCAUCACUUAAUUAAAUUAGCCAAACCAUUAUUUCGACAAUCAACAAUAUACGAUAAUAGUGGAAAACUGAUUCAUAACGAUUACCGAACAUCAUGGACAGCUGAUAUCGAACGUCACGAAACACCGGUGGUGAAAUGUAUCGAAGAGCGAUUUGCUCGAUUUCAAGGUAAUCUAGAUCUUGAAUACCUCGAACCAUUACAAGUAGUCAAAUAUACAUCUGAGCAAGAGUUCAAACCACACUACGAUUGGUUUCCCACUGAUGAUUUAGUACAGAGUAGUGGUCAAAGACUAACAACCUUCUUCACCUAUCUUUAUUCGAAUUGCUCACGAGGCGAAACUGAAUUUCUCAAGAUUCCAUUUCACAAAUCUACCCAUGCAAAAUCUUGUGAUAUUUUGGUUUGUGAUGAGAAAUCUAUCAAAUCGGGCCUUCGAUUUCGUCCAAUAUCUGGAAAUAGUAUUUUUUGGUACAAUGUAGAUGAACAAGGAAAAGGUGAUGCUUCAACAUAUCAUGCUGGUAGACCACCGAAAGACGGCGGUCUGAAAAUUGGAUUGAACACCUGGACACGUUCAAAGAAAAUAACGCCAAAAAAACGAAAGGAUGUUACGUAA